UCGUACGGAGAAUGUGCUUAUUCCGGUGAAAGCUUGACAGUAGCCUUAAGUUCACGUUUCUUCUGAGACACUUGUCAUAACCUACACAGGAUAGGCUACACUAGCACCGAAAGGGUUAGCUGCAAUUCAAAGGGUUUCUUUGACGCCACUCCAGCAGCAAAAAAAGUUUUGCAGUUGUUGAUGUCUUUCAGUUCCUGGUUCUGUGCAUGUGGUGGAACGUCGAAGUGAAUUCUUGCCAGCGUACUUGCAACUUUUUGGCAACAACCACACACUUCGCGAUGUCAGGAUACUGUCAUUAACCAAUUUUACUCAGUUUGAAUAUAUGACGUCUGAAAAGUAGUUCUGCAUCAUAUUGUAACAUGGACUACAUUUGGUCGCUGACUGGGGGUAGCGCUCGGGCUGUCAGAGACGCAGUCUCGAGCCGAAUCUGGCCUGCGCCAACUCAAGAAGUUCAUGUCGCAGACCGUACCGACUCUGGAUCAAAAGUGGACAAUGCCGGUCCAAUACGAAGAACAGACACUGGACAGAAGAAAAGCACAGAGAAGAAGGAUGGACGCCGCAUGUCCUUCCAGAGACCUAAGGGGACCAUGGAGUACUCGGUGGAAUCUCGGGACACACUGAACAGUAUAGCCCUGAAGUUUGACACCACGCCCAAUGAGCUGGUGCAGCUCAACAAGCUGUUCUCCAGAAAUGUGGUCCCCGGACAGGUUCUGUAUGUUCCUGACCCCGAGUACGUGUCCAGUGUGGGCAGCUCCCCCUCCCUCAGCCCCGUCAGCCCCCUGUCGCCCACCUCCUCUGAGGCUGACUUAGAGAAGGUGACGGACUCUGAUGGCCCUCCGCGCUCCGAGGCCCAACACCCACCGGUCUCCCUGCGGCAGUCCCGUGUGGUCUCGUCCACCUCCGAGGAGGAGGAGGCCCUCACCGAGAAGUUCCUCAAGAUCAACUGCAAGUACCUCACCGACGGCAAAGGUGUGGUGGGAGGAGUCCUGCUGGUCACCCCCAACAACAUCAUGUUUGACCCGCUGCGGACAGACCCGCUGGUCCUGGAGCGUGGCUGUGAGGAGUACGGCAUCAUGUGCCCCCUGGACGAGGUGCAGUCGGCCGCCGUGUACCGCGAGAUCACCGACCGCAAGAUCAGCGAGAGCGUGCCACCGGAGCUUGAGGCCCAGUGGUCGACGGCCCAGCCCCCGCCGGAGCUGCGUCUGCGUGACGGCGGCGGCUACGAGAGCGCCAGCACGGCCCCGCGCAGCACCGAGGGCUCCAUCUCCGAGGACGUGUUCACCGAGUCGGAGCUGUCGCCCAUCCGCGAGGAGCUGCCGUCCGCCGAGGAGCUCCGACAGGGCGACAAGUCGUCCGGCGCCUCCUGCGAGUCCGUUCAGACGGUGGCCCAGGCGGAGGGCAGCGUGGUGGGGAAGGGGCCGGGGCCAGGGAGUGCCCGGGGGUCGGCCAGCCAGGAGGAGAGGCCCGGCGGCGGGGAGCAGAGUGACACGGACAGCCUGACCGCCCAGCCGCGCUCCUCCCUGGGCUCGGAGCUGACCAGUGAGGAGCAACAGUCCCUGCAGCUCAGCACCCCCACCAGCGCCAGCGGAAAGGACCAGCCAGACGGCGCCAGCCCAGGCCAGGGGUCUGCGUCCCGGCCGGCCUCCCAGAGCUCUGCCCCUGGGGCUGGGUCCGGCGCCGGCGAGUGCCCCGGAGGAGCCAAGCUGGCCAGGGACAGGACCCGGGACUCGGAGUCGGACGUGGAGGAACUGCGGAAGAUGUGGAAGAGUCACACUAUGCAACAAGCCAAGGAGCAGAGGGACAACGUCCAGCAGAAAGAGCCCACCGAAGAAGCCAAGGCCGAAGGCCCAGCGGUGUUCAGGGAGAGGAAGAGGUCCAGGUCUCACAAGUUCCUGUGCCUUCGGGUGGGCAAGCCCAUGAAGAAGACGUUUUUGUCCAACGCCAGCGCCUCCAUGCAGCAGUACGCCCAGCGCGACCGCAAGCACGAGUACUGGUUCGCUGUCCCACAGGAGAGGACGGACCACCUGUAUGUUUUCUUUAUCCAGUGGAGCCCCGACAUGUAUGGCGACGGCCUCGGAGGCAUGAGCCAGGAGCCGGGCUUCAUGGUGGUCAAGAAACUGGAGGAGUCCGAUGGUGCCGAGGAGCAGAAGGAGCAGGCCUCCACCACCGACGCCUCCGACAGCAAGGAGUGGGAGGUAGUGUCGCUGACUGAGUACCACCGGCGGAUUGACGCCCUAAACAGCGAAGAUCUGCGCGCCCUAUGCAAGCGGCUCCAGAUUACCACCAAGGAGGAGGUGAACUCGAACCAUGGUGGCUCCAUCACUGCCACCCUGGAGCCAGAGACGUUCAGACCUAACCUGAGCGAGGACAGUGACCUUCUGGAAGGCGACCAGAUUGAGAAGCUGGCCAAGCACCUCCCGCCCAGGACCAUUGGCUACCCCUGGACACUCGCCUACAGCACCUCCAAGCAUGGCAUGAGCAUAAAGACCCUGUACAGAGUCAUGCAAGGCCUGGACACGCCUGUGCUGCUGGUCAUCAAGGACGCCGACGGCACGGUGUUUGGUGCCCUUGCGUCAGAACCCUUUAAGGUCAGUGAGGGCUUCUACGGAACAGGAGAGACCUUUCUCUUCACCUUCCAUCCAGAAUUUGAGGCAUACAAGUGGACUGGAGAUAACCUUUUCUUCAUCAAAGGAGAUAUGGAUUCCUUGGCAUUUGGAGGAGGAAGUGGGGAGUUUGGCUUGUGGCUGGACGGAGACCUGUACCAUGGCAGAAGCCACUCCUGCAAGACCUUCGGGAACCCCAUGCUCUCGCAGAAGGAGGACUUUGUAGUGCAGGACAUUGAGAUCUGGUCUUUUGAGUGACCGUUCGGCGGGUGGUGCGGCUUGGGUUUAAGGGGAGGGUACGCCGAAAGAGAGGGGAGCGCGGAAGGCCUCAGCGCUCCUCAGCGAAUGGCAGCGUCCUAAACUGUACUGCACAUCCCCUUUGGCUCCCAAGAAGCCUGUUAAAGGAAGCAUAACGUCACUAUGCUUGUCGUCCGUUAUUAUUUCCUCCUGCAUCUUAACACAGGGCUUUUCUUCGUGCAGUUACUUUAUAUCAUUGUUUUUCUCUUCGUGUGUAAGCGUUUCGUUCAAGCUUCAGGGAGGUGUCAAGAGCAGAGAGGGGAGUUUUUUUUGAGAGGAGUUUUUUGUGGGGAGGGAAGGGGGGGCUUUAACAAAGCCCGGCUAGCUGUCAGCCAUCUUGCAAAGCAGCAUGGGUAGGGGUUGCUGCUGGUGCACUUUGAGACACCGUGCAGAGGCGAUAGUGGCAAGUGUGUUUUUAAGACGGAUCGGAGUACGAACUGCUGUAGUCUAGAGGCGGAGACCGAAACCAGGAAGCACCAGGUUGGUCCUCCCUUUGGGUCGAGGAUUUAGGACGUCACUAAUGCAAUGUUGAUGUGCGUGGAGGAGGCUAAACAAGCAAGAAAAAAAAAACCUUUGAUCUUUAGAGGAACAUCACAGGCUAAGGGGAGGGGAUUGGGAACCUCAGCAGGAACAGUGGGUGAACUGCGGAACCACGGAACCGCAUAGAGCAAGUGUACCGUUCACAGCUCCCAUUUCUUCUGAGGCACCGAGGGUGAGAAAAAGAGAUGAUGAUGACGAUGAUGAUGAUGAUAAAGUGUCGUGAAGUUGUAGUCUUUUUUUGUUGUCCAUCAUCAUAGCACACACAAGUGUCCAAAGCACAUACGUAGCUCUUAACCAGAAUUAUCCAUCGUUGUAAUGUUCUGUUAAGUGGGUGUACAUGUGAGUUCAGUCAACGCAAGCCUCUGUUCGGGGGCCCGAGCGUGCUGUUUGUAGACAGUAAUGUGUCGCAAUAGAUUUGUGGAAUAUGCAAAAUUACUGUCCUGUGACCUCAGAUAAUCCAGGCGGGCACUUGGUCUGCCUGUUUUAUUGUUGUUCUUUCAGAGAGAACUUGUAAAGCUUUUAACGUCUUGAUAACAACUGCUUUUCUGGGUAUCAUUUGAAAAGCCUGAGGCGUGUUUGAUUUUUUUUUUCUUCUUUUUUUUUUCUUUUUUUUCAGGAAUAUAUUACAGAACCAUAUAUGAUUAUAUAUAAAUAUAUAUAAUUAUAUAAUAUAUAUAAUUAUAUAUAUUAUAUAUAUGUUGCUGUUAUGUGUGACGGUAAUCUUUUUUGUGCUGACAUUUCAGCUGUUACAAUUACAAAUAUAUUGUAUAUUACCCUGUACAUUAAUGUUUAAAUAGUAGAUUUGUUCCUAUAUAUAUAAAUAUAAAUAUAUAUAUAUAUAUACAAAUAUAUAUGACGUGUGGAUUGGUGGGUUGCUUCUAGCACUUUAAUCUAGUAUAAGGCCAGGUUAUUAGGAUCUCUGUUAGCAGUAGCUGUACAGUAAAUAUCUAUUUUUUGGUUUUGGUUAUUUUUUGUUCAUUUUUUCCAGUAGGUUCUAAAACAUAAUUGUCAUUGUCAAUUGAAGGCUGGCUGCUGGGAUUUGGGAGAGGGGGUGGAGGGUGGAAGGUGAAACCACGUGUGGGGUGACGAGAAGAGAGGUGAUGCUGAAGGUCAUCCUGAAGGUCACUCUUGUCCUUAAGGGCAUAGCAGCAUUAGUUGUUGGGCCUGAUCAAUGGCAGGUUCCCAGGACUCCUCUGCGGGGUGACGACACAGGGAUGUACAUAACCUGUUGUGUCUCAGCAGCUGUCUACCCCUCUCUGGUCUUCCACAUCAGUAUUUGUGCUCUUGUGGAGUGACAUAAUUAACAUGAAUUUAAAGAGAAUCCUUCUACUACUACUACUACUACUACUACUACUACUACUUCACCGGAAUACAAUGUAACAGUGAUGUAUAAAUGACAAUAAAGGCUAAAUAAAUUGU